CGUUUGGCACCGUAAUCUUCGGCAUUGCUUUGUCCAGGAAGAUUCGAAGUUGCCAUCAUUUGUUCCUUCCAUGUACAUGUAGUAAAAGCAUGAGACAAGUCUGUUUCGUAGCGUUCAUAGCGUCGUCAUGUUCAUCGUGUUGGGCGUCCGAGUUGAGAGUGCAGGAACCUUCACGAGGAGUAUUGGAAGCGGAGAGACCGCUGGCAUCGCUAGUGAGGGGGCAACGCCGGAGGAAUGAAGCGCUGACAAAUCAGGACGAAGAAGAGAAGCUCUUCUUCACCGAAGCUGAAAUACCCAGGGAGAACCAAUACCAAGUCUCUGAACACAUGGGACUUGGCGAGAUGGAGGGCCAUCCAUUGAUGCCUCACAAUAGCUACAGCAACAGCAAUAGGGAAAAGGAAAAGGCGCUAAAGGGAUCCAGUGCAAAGCAACUGGGAACAUCGAAGAAGUUUGUUUCUGAGAGCCUCCAUACAUCCACAGAAAAACCAACGGGCAGCCCGACUCUUGCUCCUACCGAGAGUCCCAGUGAUAGCCCUAGUGAAAGUCCCAGCGGCAAUCCAUCUGAAAGCCCUUCUACGACAGACUUUAACAGCUAUGACGACCCGGAAAAUCCCAAUCAUGUAAAUGCAAUAACGUCCCCAACCGGCCUAUCAGAUCGAACAGAAACGAUCGAGGGGAGUACUCCAAAGGGCAAGGAAGCAAAAGACGUAAUUGCCAGCGCCGAAGAGACUGCCGCGCCCACCGAGGCUCCGGUUGUGGCCCAGGUUGUGGCUCCGGUUGUGGCUCCAGUUGUGGCUCCUCCUACGAUUGUUGCUGGCGGCGUUGGAGCAAAUGCCAGAGAGUCUACUUCGUCUUCAUCAAACUCUGAGCUGGGAAGCUCGCCAUCUAGAGACAAUCCAAAGCACACUUUGCUGGUGUAUGGAGGUGAUAAAAUUGAGCCCUUGCAAACUUUCUCGGACUAUGACUCUUCCAGUCAACAACAAUUGCCCGCGAUGGAGGCUGUGGAGGAACCGCCCGAAUCAUCUGGACGAAUGUCCAAUGGACGUUACAACGUACAUGACGAAGCUCGAGGGCACAAGACAGCGUUGAUUUUGGUGACAGGUGCAUGCCUUUGUGCUCUGUUUCUGGGCAGCAGCUACUUGGUAGACCGAACGAAAACCGACAGAGCUGUUGCAGCUAGAAAGUUGGAGCUGAGCUUCCAUGGGAGAGUGGAUGAGUGCUCGACAGAUACGGAUAGUUCUGAGGCUAGCUACAAACCAAACGGCGAUCGUGGUGGUCGUGGCCGUCGCAAUCGUUCUCUGCCGGAAUCCUUUCAUGUAGUGGAAAAUGUGGUGUACGACAUGAGUACCAUUGCGGAAGAUUCCGCGGAGGAGUGCAGCGAUCCCUGGGCUAACGACGACGACAACGUGGAAAGUAUUGAAUUCGGAAACGCCACCAGAGUCCGAGGCUCCGAUGGUUAUGAUGGCGUUGAAUCUCCUCCCGUGCGCAAACGAAUAUCGGGAAUUCUAAAGCAGGGCAUUAACGCGUCCAAACGACGGGUUCUGGACCGCAUUCCUCGACGCAAUCGAUACGAAGAAUUUGAUGAUGGCUUUCAACCAUCAGAUCCCGAUGGUGAAUAUGGCGGUGAGGAAGGAUGUGCUGGAGAGUAUGCACAGGAGCUUGGUACGACCAAAAAGAAGCAGUCGCAAGAGGAAUAUUCUCAGCUUUUCGCUUGGGCCGAAGGGGGCAUACACGAAGCAACCACAAGAAGAGUGCGGGUUUAACAGACGCAUGGAUUCCUCCUCGUUCAGCUUUCUAGCUUCCACUGAUCCUCCUAUGAAAAGUAACAAUAAGACAUUCGUAGUGCAUGGCACAGUUCUAGACAAUCUUUUCAACCAUGAUGACUCGACUCGCUGAUGUCAAAUGGUGCGAAGACUGACUCCACACUCCUCCU